AAUUGCGUGAUCAUUCACCGUCUUUCAUUCUUGGUUUCGGCUUACCUGUCCUGUAAAUCGCGCGUGCAAGUGAUUCGCGCUAAGGUGCGAUGGCAAUGUAAUUCUAAGCCGGGCAUAAUUAUUCACAGUCAUUUUGACCGGUGACACGUGGUGUAACGCCUUCGUCAUGGGAAGCACGGACACCACGACGAAAUUGCUGAUCGACAGUCACGAGAUCGAGGAAUACGGGACAAACUUGAAGAUACUACCCUGCAACAACCAGGUGAAAGAGUUGCAAACCAUUUUGCGAGAUAAGAAUACCACGAGGAGCGAUUUCAAGUUUUAUGCUGAUCGUUUGAUUAGGCUAGUUAUCGAAGAGAGUUUGAACCAAUUACCUUUUACAAAAUGUGUGGUAACAACUCCAACUGGUGCCAAAUAUAAAGGUUUGAAAUAUCAGAAGGGAAAUUGUGGUGUAUCUAUAGUAAGAAGUGGAGAAGCUAUGGAACAGGGUUUAAGAGAUUGUUGUCGUAGUAUCAGGAUUGGUAAGAUAUUGGUAGAAAGUGAUGCGGAUACACACGAAGCUAGAGUAGUUUAUGCUAAAUUCCCAGAUGAUAUAUCUGAAAGAAAAGUUUUAUUGAUGUAUCCAAUAAUGAGUACAGGAAAUACUGUCAUAAAAGCUAUAGCUGUACUGAAAGAGCAUAAUGUGCUCGAAGAAAAUAUUAUCCUAUCAAAUUUGUUCUGUACACCAAUUGCAGCCAAAUCUCUAGUCACUGCCUUUCCUAAGAUGAAGAUCUUAACAUCAGAGAUCCAUACUGUUGCACCAAAUCAUUUUGGACAAAAAUACUUUGGCUGUACUCGUGUCGUAGUGGAGACACCAAGUAUACAAGAGAAAGAUAAUUGAAAAAUUAUAUCUGAUAUUGUGUUGAAUCUUAUAUAAUUGAAUUAAUCU